GUCAACGGAACAAGAGAUUCUCGUCGAAAUGGGUGUUGGAUAGAAGCCUAGGUCAAAACUCUGUUAGGGAAAUGCAUGGAUAGUCUCACAUGUAACACAAAGACCAAAGUCAAACAAUGAACUUCACUACAGUAUCCCCGACACAUGAAUAUCAACAGAAGGAACUGAAUCUGGUGUACGCAGUUUGUGAAAUUCUAGUGGCGGUUUUCGCGGUCUUCGGAAAUGCCCUCGUCAUUUUCGUAUUCGCAAAAGAAAGGCGCUUGAGGCGAAGAACCAACUAUUACAUCGUGUCUCUCGCAGCUGCAGACUUUUUAGUGGGGUGUUUGGGGAUUCCUUUCGCUCUUUUAUCUUCCAUUGGGAAACCCCAUAAUUUGCACGCUUGCUUGUUUACAGUUUCACUUUUGAUAGUGCUGUGUACUAUCUCGAUAUUUUGUCUUGUCGCCGUAUCUGUGGAUCGAUACUGGGCCAUUCUCUACCCACUUGGCUAUUCAAGGAAUGUCAGGACGAAAACAGCAUUAG